AUGGCAUCAUCAACAAUUCUUUCUAGGAAAAUGAUUAAACUUCUAUCCCCUACUCCUCCUUCACUUAGACAACACAAUUUCUCUUUCAUGGAUUGCAUAAAUCUUCCUCAAUAUACACCAAUUGCCUUCUUGUACCCCAAACCUGAAAAUUAUAACAAAAACCAAAUAUCACAAAUUCUUGAAAACUCCCUUUCAAAAGUAUUAUCCUCUUAUUAUCCCUUCGCGGGACGAAUCAAGGAUAAUAAUACCUAUGUUGAUUGUGAUGACACAGGUGCUGAGUAUUUAAAUGUCAAAAUCAAUUGUUCAAUGUCCGAAAUUCUCAACAACUCUUCUAAUGAUGCUGCGGAUGUAGUCUUCCAACAAGACUUGCCUUGGUGCAGUACCUUGAAUCGAAGUCCACUAGUGGUUCAAUUAAGUCAUUUUGAUUGUGGCGGAAUAGCAGUCAGUGCAUGUAUGUCACAUAAAAUUGCUGAUGGAUAUAGUUUUGCUAAAUUCAUUAAUGAUUGGGCCACUACAGCUCAACACGUGGAUUUCAAACCAUCUCCUCAAUUUAAUGCAUCUACUUUUUUUCCACUAAUGGAUGGUGGUCCAAAUAUUAUGUCUAUAAAUGCUUCACCUGAAUCACAACGACAUGUGUCAAGAAUGUACAAUUUCUCAUCCUCGAAUUUGAGAAGACUCAAAAAUAGUAUUACAGGAAUACAAAAUCCAACUCGCGUUGAAGUUGCCACAUCACUUAUUCAUAAAUGUGGGGCGACUGCAUCUAUGGAAAAUUUGGGCUUGUUUAAACCAUCUCUAAUGAGCCAUGUAAUAAAUUUACGCCCUCUAAUUCCACUAGACACAAUAGGAAAUGCAACAUGUGUCUAUAGCACAAUAGCAAUGACAGAAAAUGAGAUAGAGUUGUCUAACUAUGUUGCUCAGUUGCAAAAUAUUAAACAACAAGUUCGAAACGAGUUGAAGAAUCUAGAUAUGAAUCAGAUAGUCCCAUAUGCACUUGGAAAAAUGAAAGGUGUUGUAGACAUGAUGGAGAAGGAUAUAUUUGAUAUUUAUUUAUCAACAAGUGUGUGCAAUUUUGGAUUAUAUAGUAAGACUGAUUUUGGAUGGGGUAGGCCUAUAAAAAUUACAUAUACAAAAUAUCCAAUGAAGAAAAGUUUCAUACUUUUUGAUGACCCUAGUGAAGAAGGGAUAGAUGUACUAAUCACAUUACCAGAAGAUGAAAUGUUAAUUUUUCAGAAGGACAAAGAGCUUCUAGAGUUUGCUUCUCCAAUUGUUCAAUCAAUCAAAUAA